UCCAUUUCGUAGUCUCGUGUUGAAUCAUGUCUGCGUAUCUAUGGAAGAGCUUUUGUGAGGACGAAGAUCGACCGGAAAAGCCUCGGAGUUAUGGAGUCACUGAGAUGAGAGGCCCUAAUUACAGUAUUUUGAGCCAAAACGUUCUCCAGGAUAUUUUAGAGUCUAUGGGACAGGUUGUUGAUGGUUUGAAGUUCUCGGGGGGCUCUCAAAGUCUGAUGCCAAAGCAAUUUAUCAAAGAAAUAACUGACAUGGCCCAUAGACAUGAUGUCUAUGUCAGUACAGGUGACUGGGCUGAACAUUUGCUUCACAAAGGACCAUCCGCUUUUAAACAAUAUCUUGAGGAAUGUAAGAAUUUGGGAUUUGACACAAUUGAGCUGAAUGUUGGUUCACUUAAAGUUCCAGAAGAUACUCUGUUGAGAUUUGUACGCAUGAUAAAGAGUGGUGGCUUGAAAGCCAAGCCUCAGUUUGCUCUGAAGUUUGACAAGUCUGACAUCCCAAGUAUUGGGGAUAGAGCAUUUGGGGCAUAUAUAGUUCCAGUUCCCCAAACAUUUGAAAUUGUUGAAGAUGUGGAAUUCUUGAUCAGAAGGGCCGAAAGAUGUUUGAAAGCUGGAGCAGACAUGAUCAUGAUAGAUGCCGAUGAUGUGUGUAAACAUGCUGAUUCUAUGCGAGCAGACAUUGUUGCAAAGAUCAUAGGCCGCCUAGGACUUGAGAGGACUAUGUUUGAAGUAUCAGACCCCAAAGCCUCAGAGUGGUUUAUUAAAUGUUAUGGACCAAGAGUGAAUCUAUUUGUGGAUCAUUCCCAGGUGAUGGAUUUGGAGUGCCUUCGAGGUCGAAGCUUAGGUAAAAACCACACCUCUGUUCUAGGUCCCCCAUAUUUUCUGUUCUGAAGUGGCAGUGUAUCUAUAUCUAUCUGUUUAAUCUAAAAACGCCCU